CACUCUCGCUGAGCAGGCUCAACUGGCUCCACAAUGAACUUCAAGCAGAUCAUGCAAGAAGACAGUCAAAAGAGCUGCAACGCAGAAGGUUCCCUGAGGAACAAGUCUCAUCCGUGGCUAAGACGCUCCCUUAGAAGUAUGAGAAGGCGCCGCAGCAGCGACGUGACAGCACCUGAGAUGUUGUCAAGGAGACCAAAGCAGGUGACUCGCUGUCAGUCAAACUCCUUAGUGGAUUACUCUGACCUUGACAGAACAAGAGUUGUGCUGGAAAAGCAAGACAAUGAAACCUUUGGAUUUGAAAUUCAGACAUAUGGUAUGCAGCACAGGUCUAGCACCAUGGUGGAGAUGUGCACCUUUGUCUGCAAGGUGCAGGAAGACAGCGCAGCCCAAAGAGCAGGCCUAAACACAGGUGAUGUCAUUGUGACAGUAAAUGGAGUUUGCACCGAGGGUGCCGACCAUCAGCACAUCGUUACUCUCAUCCGCGAGUCCGCCAACAUUUUAACGUUGGAGACGGUGAGCGGUACAGUCGCGAAGAGGAUUGAACUGGAAAAGAAGUUACGGUCACUGAAGCAAAGUCUAAAAGAAAAAGUGGCGGAGCUGCAUGCCCUAACGUUCGAGGAACUACGCAUUACCGGAGCCGAUCUGAAUGGUGACUCCUACCGCUCUUCCCUGGGCUCCCCCAUGUCCCUGGCUUCCCCUGUGGGUCAGGGCAGCUGUCGUCUGUCCAGCGCCAGCAGUUGCAGGAGUGUGAUGACAGAGGAUGGCGAGGACAGCGCCUCACUGUCGUACAUGUUCGAUUACCCCAGCCCCUCGGAUACCCCCUGCAAGGCAAUUGCAAACUCUACCUGGGAGACCUGCCCCGACAGCAUCGGCAGGACUGGCGGCGGUGGAUCUCUGUCGUCCUCCUCAGACCUCUGGGGGAUCUCCCUGUUUGCCACUUUGCCCAGGAAAGCCAAGCAGGUUGCCGUGCGGAAACGAGUUCUGAAGUUUAUCCCUGGACUCAACAACUCAGUGGAGGAAGAGGUGGACAGCUGAAGGACAGCUGAAGGACAGGUGAAGGACGGCUGAAGGACAGCUGAAGGACAGCAGACCCUCACCGACUGCUUCUACGUGUCGAUAUUUUAUUCAGUUCACGAAAAGCAACAUGCGAGCAUUAUUCAUAGUAUCACUGUAGGAUUUUGUCUUUAAACACAGUCCAAAAUGUUGCGACCGUAUGAUAAAAAUAUUUUUUAUUUUUAUUGUUACUGUUGUAUAUAUAGUGUGUGUAAUUUAUUAUUAUAUUGCAUGUGUUGUUAGAAAAUGAUAAACGUGCUCUUGUAGUUACACGGUGUAUAGUUAAUUUAAAAUGAUAACAGAACUGGAUGCCAGGACUAUUUUUGUUAUUUAUUAUUUUUGUAAUCGUCAGACUAUGAAAAACUUACUGCUUAAUUAUUGUCAUACUGAAAAGCACAAUCAUUUUGGUGUUUUGUAUUGUAACUGUUUUAUUAACUGUAGGGAUUCAAGCCUAGUGUCCUGACCAGCAAUACUACUGAAAGGCCUCUCCUCAUUUUUGAACCAGCAGUCUUCAGGUUACAAAUCAGCAUUCCUAAAUCACGACACUACUUACUUUUAUUAUUUAUAAAUUCUCAUGUUUUCUUAGGAAAGCUUCUACAAACUUUCUUUCUUGUCUAAUAAAAAAAUGCAGAUCAUUAGGGCACAACAUUUCUGUAUCGCAAAAGGAACAAUACCAUUUUGAAAACCUUCAGAAAGUGUUCAGACACCACCUUUUUCCAUAUUUUUUUGUGUAUGUUUCAGAAUGCAUUGAACUGAGUCUUCUUUGCCAACAAUUGACACAUAAUA